AUGGCGAUUUCGAGAGUUAAGUUGAAAUCUUGGUUCGAUAAGAAGAUCAGCGAACCUCUUGUCCAGAUCGUACGCAGAGGUGCAGAGCCAAAGCAGCUGGCUUUCUCUGCGGCAUUGGGUAUUACAAUGGGAGUGUUUCCAAUCUGUGGUGUUACGGUGUUGUUAUGUGGAGCUGCGAUUGCGUCGCUUGGAUCACUUUGUCAUGCUCCAACUGUGAUGUUGUUUAACUUCAUUGCUACUCCUAUAGAACUAAGUCUUGUGGUGCCAUUUUUGCGGCUUGGCGAGAAAAUAACCGGUGGGCCUCAUUUUCCUUUAAACUCCGAUGCACUAAAGAAGGUUUUUACAGGCCAAGCUUCCAAAGAAGUGUUCUUUAGCAUUGGUAACGCGCUACUCGGAUGGCUCAUAGCAACUCCAUUUGUGAUCAUUGGACUAUACAUCUUGUUUCUACCAUGUUUCAAAUUCCUCGUCCGUAAAUUCGGCUCUGCUUCUCCAUCCGAAAAGAAACCAUCAGAACUCAAGCCAAAGGAAAGGGUCGCUUAG